AUGGCUGAGCCGGUCCUGACUUACUGGGAGAGGCAGCCUCCCCUCGCGGCCGUGGCGCUGGCCAAACAUGCCAAUGUGUCGCUGAAACACGAGGCCGAUCCGAAGGCCACCAAGGAGACGGUACCCACGCUCAAGUUCUCCUCGGGGGAUGAGCUCGUGGGCACGCCCAUGGUGCUGCGCUACAUCGGCCGGCUGGGAGUUCAGGCCGGAAAGGCCCAGCUUUACGGAGCAGACCCCCUGGCAGCCUGCCAGGUCGAUCAAUGGCUGGAUCUGUCGGCUCAGGUGGUGCCUGGGCAGGGUUUCGAGGCCGUGUGCAGCAGCAUCGACAAGUACCUGGCGCUGCGCACGUUUUUGGCCGGCUACUCACCUAGCGUCGGCGACUUCGCUAUCUGGGGCCAGCUGCAGGCAUCCCCGCUGUGGAAGAAGGUCAAGGGCAGCGGCGCGGCGCCGCACCUCGCGCGCUGGUUCGACUUCAUGGCGGCGCUGCCCGAGUGCGCCGCGGCGGCCGAGGAGCUCGACCCCCGCGCGGCGGCAGCCAAGGCCAAGGCGGGCGACGCGGCGGGCGGCGUGUCAAAGGGCGGCGGCGACGCGGGGUCGUUUGACGUGGGCCUGCCCAACGCGGUGCACGGCAAGGUGGUCACACGGUUCCCCCCGGAGCCAAGCGGCUACCUACACGUCGGCCACGCCAAGGCCGCCCUCCUGAACAACCACUUUGCCAAGAUCUACGACGGCAAGCUCCUGGUGCGGUUUGACGACACCAACCCCAGCAAGGAGAAGGACGAGUUUGUGGACAGUAUCAUCAGUGACACCAAGAAGCUGGGCCUGGUCUGGGAGAAGACCACCUACACCAGCGACUACUUCCCGCAGCUGCUGGACCUUGGUAGGCGCAUGAUCAAGGCCGGCAUCCUGUACGCUGACGACACCCCGGUGGAGCAGAUGCGCGAGGAGCGCAUGCACGGCAUCGACAGCAAGCGGCGCAACCGUCCGGCAGAGGAGAGCCUGGCGAUCUUUGGGGAGAUGAUCGAGGGCAGCGAGGACGGGCUGCGCCACUGCAUUCGCUACAAGAUGGACAUGCAGGCGCGCCGCGGGCGCCAGGAGGGGGAGGCGGGGUGGCGCGGGCGGGGAAUGAGGGCUGCGGCGCGGAGGCGUGUUGUUGGUGAGGGCUGCCAGCCCUGGACCAGACGCAUGCACCGGGGCCGGCACUCGGCACAAUAG